AGGUAAUUUUCAAAAAGAUUCUGCGGGUUUUAAAUAAAACACGUCAGUCACCUCUAUAGCACCUUGUAAUGUAGUGACCUACAUGAGUACCUUGUAACCUGACACAUGCACACUUUACAGCUGAAACUUUGCUUGAGGCAAACAGGGGAGGCUCAAGAGUGUGCAUGUGAGGGAUAAAAAUAGCAUUAGUUGUCACACUGCAGGGAGGGUUUCAUACCAAAUAUCAAAACAACUCUGUGAACCAACCGUCUGAACAGCCAGCAGGCACGUUAGCCAGAGAGAGCGAAACAACUACAGAAACAGAUAGGAAGGCCUUUGAAGACUGUCAUUCACUCUCUCAUACACAUUUCACACAACCACCUCAGAGGUGAGACAUUCAGCAUGUCACAAGGCAGCUUUGUCUUUUCAUCCAUGGCCUUGCGUUCUCUUCAACUUGACGAGGACAUGCUGGAAAGGCACCAGUACAAGAAGCAGCUGGCCUCCCAUCAACUCAAUAACUAUCUGCUGAAAAAGGAGGCCAGGGACAGGGCACCGCUGAGGCCCAGCAAGGCCCUGCCCGCAGCGCUCUGCCAGGAUGCGGUCGUCGUAAAUGCUCUGUAUACAGGAGACCUGGAGGCUAUGCAGCGACUGUUUCCGCGAGGAUCCACAGUUAACCUCAUCAUCGAACCACAAGGAGGGGAUAUGCGCUGGGUCGCCACAGGAGAAGGACUUUGGUCACUGAGUUAUGAGCAAGAAUUGACAACACCACUUCACAUCACCGCUGGACGAGGCUUCACAGAGUGCCUCAGACUCCUGCUGCAACGAGGAGCCAAUGUAGACCUAGCACCUGGAGGCACCACAGCCCUGCAUGAGUCCUGUGAAAACUGCCAGCCAGAGUGUACCAAACUGCUGCUGAUCCACGGCGCCAAUGCUAAUGCUGUCUCUGAGGAGGGCCUCAUGCCACUGCACGUCUGUACCACCCUUGAAUCUUUUGAAUGUGCCAAAUACCUCCUCCAGUAUGGUGCAGCCAUCAAUGGUCGCACUCUAGAUGAAGGUGACAGUCCUUUACAUGUGGCAGCCAGAAACGGCCUCCCUGACCACGUGGACCUCUACCUGCGUUAUGGAGCUGCUGUGGACAGACAGAACGAUGAAGGGCUCACCCCCCUGAAUGCAGCGUGUUCACAACCCCAGGAGCUCCAGGAACUUCAAAGUUACUGCAAGGUGUGCCAGACACUGCUAGGGGCCGGGGCCGACAUCCACACCAUGGACCAGGACAAACACAAUCCUCUACACAUGGCCUGUAAGAAUGCCAACCCUGAUAUAGUGGAUCUGCUGCUGGCUAAAGGCGCCUGCGUCAAUGAGAUGGACUAUGGGGGCGAAGCUCCCAUGCACAACAUCCUGAAAGUGGUCAGCUACAAGGUUUCCCAUGAGCCUGAGAGGAUUGUUCGUGCUUUGCUAAACCAUGGUUCUAUUCGGGUAUGGCCUGGAGCUCUACCUGUGGUUCUGAAGCACUGCUCUGUGUCUCCACGCACCAUCGAAGUUCUCCUGAACGCCUACAGUCAACUUAAAGUCAGAGACACAUGGGUGGAGGCUGUGUCACCUGAGGUGUUCCAGGAGCACAAAGAAUUCUACGAGUCCGUCUUCUCUCUAGAGAUGACUCCUCGAUCCCUGCAGCACUUGGCACGUUGCAAAGUCAGGAACUUCUUGGAUGGCCGAGUUCACAUAGUGGUCCCUAAACUGGAUCUGCCCACCUUCAUUAAGAACUACCUGCUGCUGGACUACAGAGGUUAUAUCCACUAGAAAGCACUUUGUGUAGUCUAUCAUAGAUAUGUUGUUGAUUGAGGGCUGCUAUAUGAGGGAGCUGAGAGACUGUUCACGAUAUAAACAUCAUAAUAAAAUAUACAGCAUCAACUGUAACACUGUAGGGCAACACACUUUUUAUGAUUGACCCUCAGAAGCUGUUCGUUCCCCAACACUUUAAUUCCAGAUCAUCCCUCAGCUCAGAAACAUGUUUGAUGUUACACCACAAGAGGGCGCUGUAGACUAGAUUUGAUCAAAUAUAAAGCAGGUGUGCAAUUGUGUGUUUUUUAUCUUACAUAUUUUAUGACUGAAUAUUUUUUUAUCCUGCACUUGUUGAUGACGAGGAUGUUUGUAUUUGUAUACAUUCAUAUAUAGCUGUGGUUUGCUGCAUAUGAGGGCGCUGAGGAGUGCUAUUGGCAGAUAUUGGCAUUAAUAAUUACCCUUUAAUUUACCACUGACAUGCGUGUAACUGGAAGUUGUAUAUAAGAAAUAAGCUUGAUAUAAGAAUAAAAUUGCCCUCCAUGGCUAAGUGAA